GAGUCUUCCCUCUCUUUCCCCCCCCCCUCCCCCCCUUCCCUCCUUCCCCCUCUGGUCUCUCAUCUCUCCUCGAUCCUUCCUGCUCUACACUCGUAAUCUUUUCCUCCGCCUUCGCAACCUGCAUUGAAUGGCUUCCGCUAUGUAGAGUGAAGAAGAAGGGCGAAGAACCUCGAGAUUUGAUGCAGUUAAUUCUUUUCUCCUUCUUUUCGUAUCUUCAUUCCCCUGCGAGAUUCGAGAGCGAAGGGGGUGAAGAACCUCGAGAUUUUUCGACCGGGACAAGAAGCAUUGAGGAAACCCCAACGCUCCCUUCCUUCCGUGCCCUUUUCCUUCUUGCCUAUCUUCAUUCGGAGGCAUCACUUGGAGAGGGGAAGGCAGGGAUGGAGUGAGAUCUGCUGCGGCGUGGCUUGAGACGAUGGGAUCUGAAGCUCUCGGCGAAGACUGAGGUGUCAGAACCGAGCUUGUCGCCUGGGGAUGGACUUCAAUCGAGAAGUUCCUCUUUGGCAAGAGCAGGAUUUCGAGAUCCAGAGUCCUUGGGCGCCAAUUACGCCGGCAAAGCCCGUCCCGGCGAGGAGGACACUCGUCCCCGGCCAUGGCCAGAUAAGCCACGCACCGCCAGCGCCGAGCUGGCUCGACGUCUUGAACGGAAGCGACGGUGGCGGCUUCUCGCAGGACGCCCUUUUCUCGGGAUCGAAUGCCUCCAGUGCGGCGGGCUAUGUCGGCCGGUUGCAGGAUCUCAACACCAUCGACGAGGCGGCGGCAUUGGCUUAUUCCGGCCAAAUCCAUGACCCCCAAGUCAGCAAUUACAAUUUGGGGCUGGGGCCGGGCAUGUCCGUUUUCGGCAAUCCCUCCGACGGAUGGACGCAGACGCCUCACAUGAACCUGAUGGCCUUUGCCGAAGCGGCCGCCGCCGCGAGCAAGGUCCCAUUUUUCACGCCGCUCAUGCUUUCGCAGAUCGAAGGCGGCCACAGAAUGCCUGAAUCUGCGAACCAGUUGUUGCUGAAUGGAAAGGUGUUGCUGAACUCAAGCCUUUCUUGUUGUAAUCUUAGCCCCAUUAUGGGAGCACAGAAUGAAUUAACCAUGAGUGCUCUUCCAAAUCUUAAUUCCUCCUGGGAGGAAACAGUAAGCUAUGCUACGAGAGAUUUGAUGCAAUAUCCACGCACCCCAGUGAGUCUGGAGAAAAAUAAGCUCGUGCAAGAUGGCUUGCCUCUUCAAGUCAUCGACCUGGUGGACGAUAGUCCCGGCGGAGAGGAGGCAGGGAGGCCGCAAGCCCCGGUCGCGAACCAAGUCGAACUUUGCUUUUCGGAGGAUCCUGUAGCACCAUCAUCUUCUUUAACCACGGUAAUGUCAUUUGAAGUGGUCCUCUCCCAGCAACAGCAACCCGAAACGAGGGCAGUUGUCACAUCUGAAGAAGGCAUCGAUCGGCCGCUGAAUGCAGAGGCACAAGGCAACGUAGAAAACAACGGCAUCGACCUGAACAAGACGCCACGGCAGAAGCCUAAAAGGAAGAAGCACAGGCCCAAGGUCAUCCGAGAAGGCAAACCGAAAAGAACUCCGAAGCCAGCCACUCCCAAGCCCGUAAACCCUUCCGGUAAGAGGAAGUAUGUGCGAAGGAACAAAGUUCAGGUGGCCUCUGAGAACCCCUCCGGUGAGCCAGAGGAAGAAGCUGCUGCUCCAGGCAGCAUGGACGGGACCAAAUCAGUUCGAAGGUCUGUGAAGAAUAAAGAAGACAACCCCUCCGGCAAGAGGAAGUAUGUGCGUAAGAAAAAAAUUGAGAACUCUUCAGACAAUCCCCUCAGCAUACCAGGGGUAACUGCAGAUCCAGAGAGUAGUCAUGGAACUAAAUCAGUUAGACGAUGUCUGAACUUUGAUGCAGAGGCUCCAAAAGCCAGAGGUGGAUUUCCAGAAUCAGUGCUGAAUUUUGCAAACAAUGCAGGAUCUCAAGCUCAAGAGUCAUGCACUGUGGGGGGCAACACCAUCAGCAUAGAUGUGGCUCCGAGCUUACAUUAUGCUCGAGCAGUGGCAGCGGCAGACAACCUCGCACCAGGGGAUCCAGUUGUCCUCCACAGUGCAAGAGAUAAAGUUGCAAAUGAGUACAUAAGAUUCGUGGAAAAUCCAAUCCCACGUCCUCAACAUAAUAGAAGAGAAACAGUGAGAGCUGAUCAGAUUCUAGGUGAAUGUAGAACAAUGCCAGAAAAUCCAACAACACCUCCUCGGCCUUACAAAAGGGAGAACUUGAAGAAACUAGCUAGGAAGAACUUCCUUAGGAUCACUUCCAAUCCAGAUAGAUCUCAAGAAGCUCAUAUAAAUCAGUUCGCCUCGCAUGAAACACCAAAUUUGCUGCUCAGGACACAAAACAACCAUAUUCUCGAUCAUGAUGUUCCAAAUUCGACAAAUACACAGUUCAUGCAUGCCUGUGACAGGGUCGAUGGACUAGGUGAAUUACAUGGUGCAACUUGCAAUGAUCCAUGUGCAUCUCAGGGUUACAAGAAGCAAAGAAUCGAGCAUGAAAAUGGACUCACAUCUGCUACUGCUUUCACAUGCAUGCCUUUGAAUGAUUUUAUAACACACCAGAGGGAGGCAAAUACUGCUGAAGUUUUUACUUCAGCUGAUCCACAAAACUUAAUGGGCCCCAAAAGACAGCUAAUAGCAGAAGAUGUGCCAGCAAUUUAUGAAACCAUAAACAGUGCAGCAAAGAGAUCAGAGCCACCCUUUGAACUGCAUUCUGCUAAUUCGUUGAGUUCUUCGGUGAACUUUGGCCAUAUAAGAAAACAUGGGAACCAAACUGGACAGUAUGCCAUGGACCAUAACAAGCUCUCAUCUCCUCCUCAGCCAUUUUCAGGUACUGAUGGUCGACAAAGUCAGAAUCAUGAAUUCCUAACCUGCAUGCAAAACCAAGUGGUAAGCAACAAAUCAAGAACGAGAACAAAGCAACAAAGAAAGGAAGAAGUGCAGCUUGUCAAUCAUCUGAUAAAUGCCAACCAAGUAGAAUUUCAAAGACAAGUGGCUGCUUCAUGUAGAUUCAAGAAUUGUCCUGGUCAAAAGAUUCCGGAGGCAACUUCACUAAUUUCACAAGAUUUCAGAACGGAAGUUUCACAUACCUCUAGUGGUAGUUGCUUAAAUCCUGGAGCAAUAGUAUUAUAUGGAGAUCCCUUAGAUGAUAUCAUUUGGAAGUUAAGACAUCUGACAAUAAAUGGGCUCCAUAAGGCUGAUACAGCUAAAACACAGAAUGCUAUCGUCCCUUAUGAAGGAGCUGGUGUGAUUAUUCCAUAUGGGGGCCUAUUUGAUCUUGCUAAAAGACGUCGCCCUCGACCCAAGGUUGAUUUAGAUUCUGAGACAAACAGGGUCUGGAAUCUUCUGAUGGGCAAAGAAGGCGGUGAAGUGGGUGAUGGAACAGAACGUGAAAAAGAGAAAUGGUGGGCAGAAGAAAGGCGAGUUUUCUGUGGACGGGUAGAUUCAUUCAUUGCACGAAUGCAUCUUGUCCAAGGGGAUAGGCGUUUCUCUAAGUGGAAAGGUUCGGUUGUGGACUCGGUUGUUGGUGUCUUUCUUACCCAGAAUGUUUCAGACCAUCUAUCAAGCUCUGCCUUCAUGGCACUUGCUGCAAGAUUCCCUCUGUCAGGAUGCCAUGGUUCAGAAACCAAUGCACAAGAAACGGAUUCAUGUAUCAAGCAUGAAGGUAGCUGCAUUGUAACCCCUGAUGGCAACACCAACGAAUGGCAAGGACAGAUAUCAGAUAAAGAGUUGCAUGAUCCAAGUUCUCUAGUGAUUGUAGGAGACAAUGAAACUGCAAACAGUAAUGAAUCAUUUGGAAGUAAUAUUAGUGGAAAAGUAGUUGACUAUUCAAAAGUCUAUCUGGACUCAAAGGAUACAGUAACAGACGUCAGUCAUGAAUCACCUGAUACUGAGUCAGGCACGCCAGUCACCCUUACAGGAAGUGCAAGUGUAGCAGAGGCUGAAGACAGAUGGUCAGUGGAGGACGCUGGUUCGUCACAAAACUCUGUUGUUUCUUCACAAAAUUUUUCAGAAAACCCAGUUCAGACAGCUGAUCCGAUUGGAAUAAACUCCUUGUCAAGCAUUAGAGUAGAAAAUGUGACAAUUCAAAGUGUAUGUGACAAUAUGGCCAAUUCGACUUCAUUUACAGAGCUUCUAAACUCUGUGUUGGAUGUCUCAGGUAAUCUCAGAGAUGUAAAGUCAUCCAUGUCAACAUCUAUUACCAAUCUUCAAGAUGCAAAUCUUGUUGAGGCAAGUAUAUCUGCUUCUCUUCCAUUGCCUCAUCACUUCCACGAAUCAUCAAGUUCAGGAUUGGUGGUAAUGGAGUGUGUCAAUGCACUCAGUGAUGAAAGCAUAUUUAAUCAAGAUUCAAGUUCUGGGGAAAAAACCACAAGCAACUUUGGAAAAAUGGAGUCAUCAAGUGAGCAUUCAGUAGGCAAUAUCUCUGAACUUCUAAGACAGCAGAAUUUGGCAGCAAUCCCUAGAUCUCUACCUGCAGUUGAUAUAUAUGCACCAACAUACAAACACUUUAUACAACCUUCAGCUAGUCCAGAAGCAGAAUCAUUCCUUAUAAAGCAGUUCUGCUGUCCUGGUAACCUUCAGACAGACAUAAAUGAAGCCCCCAUGUGCGAAUCCAUUUCCCAGAAAUACUCGCUUUUACCAGAUGAUAAUAUAGUAAAAUUUCAGAAGGACGAGAAAAGGCAAUUCGAAGUUGAAAGCACGAAACAGGCAGUUCAGUUUCAACUUCUGAAGCAGAAUUCUGACAACCAGCAAAAUUUUCCAAAUUUGCAUAAUAAUGGGAAUCCACUGGAAGCUUCUGAGAAAGUACAAUUAGACUUGAAGGAUGAUGCAUAUGUUUCUAAAAAGAUUUCAGCUGAAACACCAAAAAGAAAGUCAAAAGAGAAGUUAAAGGAUGAAAAUGAAAGAAAGAAGAACUAUGACUGGGACAGUUUGCGAAAAGAGGUGAAUCGAGAUGGCACCAAAAAGGAGAGAAUCCAUGACACCAUGGAUUCAGUUAACUGGGAAGCAGUAAGGUGUGCUGAAGUAAAUGAAAUAUCAGAGACCAUUAGAGAGAGGGGAAUGAACAAUAUGCUGGCAGAGCGGAUCAAGGAAUUUCUCAAUAGACUGGUUAGAGAUCAUGGAAGCAUUGAUCUGGAAUGGUUAAGGGAAGUUGAACCAGAUAAAGCAAAGAACUACCUCCUCAGCGUACGAGGAUUAGGACUCAAGAGUGUGGAAUGUGUGCGACUUUUGACGCUUCAGCAUCUAGCUUUUCCAGUUGAUACCAAUGUUGGUCGUAUAUGUGUAAGAUUGGGAUGGGUACCACUACAACCGUUGCCCGAGUCCCUUCAGUUGCAUCUACUAGAGCUCUACCCUAUGUUAGAGACCAUUCAGAAGUACCUUUGGCCGCGGCUCUGUAAGCUUGAUCAACGGACUUUGUAUGAAUUACAUUAUCAAAUGAUAACUUUUGGGAAGGUUUUCUGUACUAAGAGCAAGCCUAACUGCAAUGCAUGCCCAAUGAGAGGAGAAUGCAAACAUUUUGCAAGCGCAUAUGCCAGUGCAAGACUAGCACUCCCAGGACCAGAUGAGAAAAGUUUAGUGAGUUCCACAGUACCCAUUGCCUAUGAAAAGGAUCAUGUACCAGCUCUCAAUCCAACAAAUAUACCUCAGCUGGAGGGAAUUAGCAACUUACAGGAAAGAGUUGUUUCUGAGAACUGUGAGCCUAUCAUUGAAGAACCAGCAACACCAGAACCUGAAAGCAUUCAAACAGAAGAAAGAGCAAUCGAGGAUGCUUUCUAUGAAGAUCCUGAGGAAAUUCCUACUAUUAAAUUAAAUAUUGAGGAGUUCACACAAAACUUACAUAACUAUAUGCAAGCAAACAACAUGGAGCUUCAAGAUAUUGACAUGUCCAAGGCUUUAGUCGCUAUUAAUCCAGAGGCUGCUUCAAUUCCCAUGCCCAAGCUUAAAAAUGUCAGCCGCCUACGAACAGAGCAUCAUGUAUAUGAACUUCCAGAUUCACACCCCCUCUUGGACGGACUGGAUCCAAGAGAACCAGAUGAUCCUUCUUCAUAUCUUCUGGCCAUAUGGACCCCAGGUGAGACUGCACAAUCAACAGAACCACCAAAAGCGUCUUGCGACGCACUAGAAACAGGUGUGUUUUGCAACAUGGCCACAUGCUUUACCUGCAAUAGUAGACGAGAAGCACAGGCACAAAUUGUCAGAGGGACAAUUUUGAUUCCAUGUCGGACAGCAAUGAAAGGAAGUUUUCCACUCAAUGGGACCUAUUUCCAAGUUAACGAGGUAUUUGCAGAUCAUGAUUCAAGCCGUAACCCAAUUGACGUACCCAGGGAGUGGAUAUGGAACCUGCCUAGGAGGACAGUUUAUUUUGGAACUUCAGUACCGACAAUAUUUAAGGGUCUAACAACUGAAGAGAUACAACUUUGUUUCUGGAGAGGAUUUGUUUGUGUGAGAGGAUUUGAUAAAAAAACACGGGCGCCAAGACCUCUUUAUGCAAGAUUGCAUUUUCCAGCAAGUAAGGCACCCAGAAACAAGCAACAAGAGAAGACUAGUCCUGCAAGAAGAACAGCUAACAAGAACUAAUUAGAAUGGAUCAUCAGACCAGAAAUUUCUGCAUCUGUAGCACCACACUAACAGCAGGAGCUACCAGCCAGUAGGAGAAGCUGGCACUGACAUGUAACAUGAUAAUUUACCAACCUCAUGCUCGAAAAUGAGCAAUUCUUCUGAAAAUGCCUAAGAAGAUGGAGAUAACUGGUGGACAAGGUUAUUUUGGCAUCUGUCCCAUCCAGAACACCGCAUAAGAAAAGAGAGAUUCUAGAUAUGUACCGAUUGAAUCUUCAUCCACCAUCUAUUUGAUUGAUAAAAGGCACUGCACAAUGCUGAUCAUACAACAAUUUCUUAGCCAAGACAACAAUGGUUAAUUAUUUCACCAACAAAAAUCUCAUUUUUUUCUUC